AUGGUGGACAUCGUAGCACUUAACGUGCGGACGGAGAUCGCGUUCGGGCUUUUCAGCGAUGGCUGCACGAGUCUCUCCUGGAAAACUGGACGCCAUACGUUCCUCGGUCAGAACUGGGAUUGGAUGGAAGCACAGAAGGAAAAUCUCAUUCAAAUCAACAUCGUCCAGACCGACCUGCCGACGAUCAAGAUGAUUACCGAAGCCGGCAUCAUUGGCAAGAUCGGGCUGAACUCUUGUGGUGUCGGAGUCUGUCUCAACGCGAUCCGCGCUGGGGGGAUGGAUUCGAAGCGCCUCCCCGUCCAUCUCGGCUUGCGCAUGGCACUAGAACAAACCUCGGCCCUGGACGCCGUCGCGGUGCUGGAGGCAGGUGGCAUGGCCAGCUCGGCGCACCUGUUGAUCGCAGACGCCAUGCACGCAACGGGACUAGAAGUCACGUCGUCAACCAUUGCGAAAAUCCAGCCGGACGAGGAUGGACGAAUUGUGCACACGAACCACCUCCUCAGGGAACAUCUGGGGGUGAACGAGCCUAAAUGGCUGCCCGACUCGGAGUUUCGCCUGCAGCGCAUCCAGACACUGAUUUCGGGCCUCCACAAUCGGUCGAGAGGCGUUCACGAUGAUGAAGACAAUGAUGAUGAUGGUCCGACAUGGGGAGACAUUGCAGCACUGUUUGAAGACCAAGAGAAUUGGCCGGUGGCUAUAUGUCGGUCGCCUAACAAGGACUCGGGCAGCCUCAGCGCCACACUGUUCAAUAUUGUAAUGGAUCUCAAAGCCAGACGGGCGGUGGUCAGAGUGGGAAGACCGUGCGACGUGGAAGAAACGAUUGAGCUGGACCUCGGGUCUUAA